GGGUGAUGAUUUUUUAUGAUUUUUGAUGAUUUUUUAUGAUUUUUGAUGAUUCAUUCGAGUUUUUUCGGGCUUAGCCGAAAACGCCUACGUAUGCACGGUAUGCAUGAUUGUAAUGUAAAAUGUAAAGUAAUCUAAAAUGACAAACAAUAUUUUGUGUUGUUGAUGAUGUACAGUUAAGUUAAAGUUUAAUAACCCUGUUAAUCGGCAUCAUACCAUACAUUACCAACUAUCACCAUCACCAGCAUCAAAUCAACCAGUUUUAAAACUGUUGUUUUAAGCAGUUUCUGUGUUCAUAGGAGCAGUAAACGGCUAAUUUCAUUUACUUAUUUUCCAGCUAUAAUUUGUAUAUAUAUAUAUAUUAUACACUUGAGAACCUCCGCGUCUUCAAUAUAUGCACAGACUUUUUUGUAUUUUAUAUUGUAAAUACCAAGGAAAAUUUUUCUAAAUAAAGUUUAAGGAGUAUGUUAUUAUAAUUUUAUAAAUGUUAAAAAAAAUGAGCUUCUCGAGUGAUGAAGUAAACUUCUUGGUAUACCGAUAUCUACAAGAAUCAGGUUUUCAACAUUCGGCAUACACAUUUGGAAUUGAAUCACAUAUAUCACAGAGUAAUAUAAAUGGUGCGCUUGUUCCACCAGCAGCACUUUUGUCAAUAUUACAAAAAGGAUUACAGUACACAGAGGCUGAAAUUUCUAUAGGAGAAGAUGGUAGUGAACAGAGAAUGGUCGAAUCUUUGUCUCUCAUUGAUGCGGUGAUGCCUGAUGUCGUUGUUUCAAGGCAAAAUCAACAGAAUCAACAAAAACAACAAAUUAAAACUGAUCCACAGGAUACUAAUGGAGAAGAAGCAGUUGUCACAUCAAAUGAUAAUACUGGGUCUAAUGAACGAAGUGGAGAAAGACCGGAACUGGAAUUGGAAGAGCAACAGGCAGGAGGAGCUGGAGCGGGUAGUAAUACGAGUGCAGUAGAAAUACCCGCGAGUAAAGCAACUAAAUUGCGUGGUCAUGAGUCUGAAGUUUUUAUCUGUGCGUGGAAUCCCACAACAGAUUUACUGGCUUCUGGCUCUGGUGACAGUACUGCUAGAAUUUGGGAUAUGUCUGACAACUCAUCGGCUCCUAAUCAACUUGUAUUACGGCAUUGUAUUCAAAGAGGUGGUGCUGAAGUACCAAGCAACAAAGAUGUCACAUCUUUAGAUUGGAAUUGUGAUGGAACGCUAUUGGCAACUGGUAGUUAUGAUGGCUAUGCAAGAAUUUGGACCACUGACGGUAGAUUAUCAUCGACACUUGGCCAGCACAAAGGUCCAAUAUUCGCAUUAAAAUGGAAUAAACGUGGAAAUUAUAUAUUAAGUGCGGGAGUUGAUAAAACAACAAUUAUUUGGGACGCUGCAAGUGGACAAUGUACUCAACAAUUUAGUUUUCAUUGUGCGCCAGCUUUGGAUGUUGACUGGCAAACAAAUACUUCAUUCGCCAGUUGUUCUACUGACCAGUGCAUUCACGUUUGUAAAUUAAAUGUCGAUAAACCUAUUAAAAGUUUUCAAGGACAUACGAAUGAAGUAAAUGCUAUUAAAUGGGAUCCUCAAGGUAAUUUAUUGGCAAGUUGUUCGGAUGACAUGAGUCUAAAGAUUUGGUCUAUGAAACAAGAUACAUGGGUUCACGAUCUAAAAGCCCAUCAUAAAGAAAUAUAUACAAUAAAAUGGUCACCAACGGGACCAGGAACCCAUAAUCCGAAUAUGAAUCUCACAUUAGCCAGUGCUUCAUUUGAUUCAACUGUAAGAUUGUGGGAUGUUGAAAGAGGCUCAUGUAUUCACACUCUUACCAAACAUACUGAACCAGUUUACAGUGUAGCAUUUAGUCCUGAUGGUAAAUUCCUUGCCAGUGGCAGCUUUGAUAAAUGUGUUCAUAUUUGGUCUACGCAGAGUGGCCAAUUGGUGCAUAGUUAUAAAGGUACAGGUGGAAUAUUUGAAGUGUGCUGGAAUAGUCGUGGAGAUAAAGUCGGAGCAUCAGCUUCCGAUGGAAGUGUUUUUGUCCUUGAUUUACGUAAACAAUAAUUGCAUAUACAUAAAAUUUAUAACAAAAAUUUUUCAUUAACUUUUAUCAUUUAUGGACGAAAUUAAUUUACUUUGCAUUAAAGCCUGACAACAAUUUGGAUUUAAUACCGGAGUAUUUAACAAUAAGACGUUGAAACUGGCUGUUAUUUGAGCUCAUUGAUUAAUUUGAUUUUAUUAUACAGCGUAUGCAUCAAAAAACUUGAUUAUAUUUUUUUCAUUAUUAAAAUCAUCAUUUUUCUUUCAUUACUCACACCGUUGACUGUUAAUGUAAUGAUAAGUUGUAAAUUUACAUUUACUUAUAGCUUAAUUUUGCAGUAAAAGUAUUACACUAUAAAAUGCAAAGAAGAACAAAAAAUUAAAUAAUUUAAACGUUGGAUUGUUUUUUGAUAAACAAAAAAAUAGAAUUAUCAGGACAUUAAUAAUUGUGUAUUAAGCUAUAAUUAAUAAAUAUAGAUAUGAAGGUUUACAAUAAAUUUUUUCUAAAGACCAAGA